AUGUUGAGUGUGCUGUGCUUUAAGGUCUUGAGGAAAAUGCAGAGACGGCAUAGCAGCAACACUGACAAUGUUCCUCCUGAAAGAAACCGGAGCCAGACAGUCAGUUCUGAGACCAGCGUGGAUGAAAGUGGAGUUUUUGAAAGCCUGAAGGCUGAAGCUUCCUCACCACAGCAGCUGUUCUCAGGCCUGGCAGGCAUCCCCUCAGGCACCAUCACAGCCACCCCGUUCCAGUCAGCAGCAGGAGGAGGAGAAGUAUUCAUUCAGAUGCCAGCCCCAAGGGAGGAAGGGAGCAGUCGUACAGAGGCAGCCCCGUUCCACCACCGGCAGUCGUCCCAUCAUUUCCACCAUGGCCAUCACCGGGGUUCAUCCCUGCUGCACAUGGCAGGAGGGGACCGCCACGGACACGCGGAGGAAGGUGGUGAUGAACAAGCUGGAACUCCAGCCCCAGCUCUUUCAGAGUUAAAAGCUGUGAUUGGUUGGCUGCAGAAGGGACUUCCCUUCAUCUUGAUCCUCCUGGCUAAAGUCUGUUUCCAGCACAAGCUUGGGAUUGCUGUGUGCAUUGGUAUGGCCAGCACAUUCGCAUAUGCCAACUCAACACUCCGGGAACAGGUGGCUCUGAAGGAGAAGAGAUCAGUGUUGGUUGUCCUGUGGAUCCUGGCCUUUCUCACUGGAAACACCUUGUACUUGCUUUACGCAUUCAGCUCUCAGCAGCUCUACAACAGCCUUAUAUUUCUGAAACCCAACCUCGAGAGACUGGACUUCUUCGACCUCAUGUGGAUUGUGGGCAUUGCAGACUUUGUACUCAAGUACCUUACCAUUGCACUGAAAUGCCUAGUUGUUGCCUUGCCAAAGAUCAUUCUUGCUGUCAAGUCAAAGGUAGGAUCUCUUUUCUUCUUGCUAUAUGAAUGUUUGUCUUUGAUAAUCUGAUACCUUUUGCAGCAUGAAAUAUGGGUGGAAGAAUAA